UUUCUAACCCAUUUCUCCCACCCUCUUAUUUAUCAUUCAAGAAAAGCUGCCAAGAGAGCAGAAAUGGCAAAUCCUGUUCGUUACUCAUUUCACUUUGUUCUUUGGGUUUCUGUCUUCAUCUUCUUUAGUAAAAGCUUGGAUGCAAGUGAUGAACCUCCUUUGACAUUGGACUACUAUGCAUCUACUUGCCCUACUGUUUUUGAUGUCAUUAGGAAAGAAAUGGAAUGUGAAGUUCUCUCUGAUCCUCGUAAUGCAGCUCUUGUAGUUCGAUUGCAUUUCCAUGACUGUUUCGUUCAGGGAUGUGAUGGAUCAGUCUUGCUAGAUGACACAAUCACCUUGAAAGGAGAAAAGAAAGCUUCUCCUAACGUGAAUUCACUGAGAGGCUUUGGAAUCAUUGAUAAGAUCAAGAACAAGGUUGAAUCCGAAUGCCCUGGAAUUGUAUCUUGCGCAGAUAUCCUCACUAUUGCUGCAAGAGAUGCUGUGAUUCUGGUUGGAGGACCAUAUUGGGAUGUUCCUGUGGGAAGGAAAGAUUCUAAGACUGCAAGUUAUGAGCUUGCAACUUCUAAUAUUCCUACUGCUAAUGAAGGACUACUGUCUAUCAUCUCCAAGUUUCUUUAUCAAGGCCUUUCUGUCAAAGAUAUGGUAGCUCUUUCAGGGGCACACACAAUAGGCAUGGCGCGGUGUGAAAGUUUUCGAGCAAGGAUUUACGGAGACUUUGAAAGAACUUCAGAUGCAGGUCCAACGUCUGAGACUUACCUGAAGAGCCUGAGAUCCAUGUGUCCAGCUGCUGGUGGACAAGACAAUAAUGUAUCAGCAAUGGACUAUGUCACACCUAAUCAAUUUGACAACUCUUAUUUUCAGAUUCUGUUAAAAGGAGAAGGAUUGUUGAACUCAGACCAAGAAUUGUACUCGAGUAUACUUGGAGUUCAGACAAAGAAUCUUGUUUUGAAGUAUGCUCAUGACCCAGUUGGUUUUUUUCAGCAAUUCUCUGAUUCCAUGGUGAAAUUAGGAAAUAUUACUAAUCCUGAUAGCUUUGUCAAUGGAGAAGUCAGGAGAAAUUGCAGAUUUGUGAACACAUAAUUGAGCUGCCAAAUGAAAUUUGGUUAAAUUAAUUUGUAUUUGUUUCUCAUAUCAAGAAGUGAUGAUCAACACACACAUUUAUAUGUAACAGUUGUUGGAUAUUGAAGUUUUAUUUCUCUA